GCAGAGAGAGCAGGCCCUUACCAAACCAUAUGGUCAUCUCAGAGAAAGGCCAAGUCAGGCUUCUGACAAGCUGUCCCCCAUUGGAAACUGGUCGGCCAGAGGACAGCCCUGUCUUCUGCUCAUGUGUGAUUGUGCCCCUUCCUUUGCCCCACAAAAGAGGUAGCUCGCCAGUGUGGUGAAUGAAGAGGAGAGAAGUUUGCUUGGGAGUCCUCUGAAUUGGGAGCCAGUAAGAAACAGAUUCAGAUUGUGGAGGAAGGCCUGUGCUGGGGCCCAGCCUACCUCAGCCUUGGGCCCUCUGUUAUCAACAUUCUCUCAGCAGGGUCUGCCUGGGCACCAGGUUCCUGCCUCUUACCUUGAGCUGACCUCUAGAGUUCAGGUCUAACCUAGGUUGCAGCUGGAGGUCUGCCUGCUGAGCCUUCACCAGCACAACAGUGGCUCAUCAUUAAGGCAUCUUGGCCCUGGCCAUAGAAGACAGAGGUGCUCUGGUAAAACAAGUAUAAAAUGAAUGCCUGGAUGGUUUCCCUCGUGGUGGGCAUACUCUCUGUCCUCAACACCAUCCAGUUCUUCAUCUUUGACCUGAAUCGGACUACACGCAUUGGCUCUGUGUUCAGCAUCUACAUGGACAAAUUCAGCAUCUACAUGGACUCAGAGUUGAAGCUAGUCACUUGGAUCCUGUUCCACAGGGCUAAGAUCAGCACUGCCCUCUCCCUCACCACCAUCGUCGUCAGCUGCUUCCUCCUUUACUGUAUCUAUAAUAAUAUCUUCCCGGGGCUGCUGAUCUAUGCCAUGUGGAUCAUCACUUAUGAGCUCAUCAACUUCUCCAUAGUCCUGCUCCUCAACAGUAUCAUCAGAGAUCAGUUCAAGCAGCUGAGUCACUUGUACUUGAUCUUCCAAAUCUCACACACGGUCCUGCACUUUUUCUGUCUGCCCUUCAUCUUCAAGCACGCGUACAGCCUUUACAAGGAGCCCCCACCUGUGAACAAGAUAGCCCACCACAGGCCCCCCUCCACCAGUGCAGUGAACUUAAGACUACCUGUCCCUCGGAGAAUGUUGCACCGGAAGUGAAACUGACCCCUGCCGGGAAAGGUGGGAGGGAACGUGCUCCUCAGCAAUGGAACCCUCCCUGCCCCGCCAGUCUUCUGUUGAUGCUGCUUGGUUUGUCAGGGCUUUUGAGUUUUAUGCACUGUGGAAUGAUCCUUGGGAGAGGGCGGGUUGUGUGGAUCAAUUAUUGUGCAGAUGUGUGGUGUGACUUGUUUUAGCAGUUAAUGAUAUAUGCGGCCUUGUGUUUACUUAACCAUC